AUGAACAAUACAAAGGGAAAACGAAGGACCGAAAUGAAGAAGGUUGAAGACUACAAAGCCAGACUGGCUACGUUUUCAAAACGUAAAGCCGGGAUUAUAAAGAAGAUGAAUGAGAUCGUUGCACAAUGUGAUGUCGAAGCAUCUUUUUUGGUUUUCUCUGAAGCCGGAAGGGCUCAUUCGUUCGCACAUCCGUCCAUGGAAGAUGCUAUUGCUCGAGUAAAGAACCCUUUGAGACAUGAACCAUCCGGGGAAAACGGUACCAAUAUUGAGCAGCUAGUGGAAGCUCAUAAGAGGCAAAAGAACGAGAUGCUCAAGGAAAUGUAUGCUGCUCUCGCUGAAGAGUUGGAGAUGGAAGAGCAGAAUGAAAAAAUUUUGAAGGGAUUAUUGGAAAGUGGAAAUGAUGAGUCGGACAAAAAGUGGUGGGAAGAUGAUGAAGGCCUGAGCGUGGAGGAGUUGAAGCGGAAGCAUGAAGCUUUUGUGGAAUUAAAUGUUAACUUAUGUGCUGCUUCACAACAGUUUGGAAAAGAUCGAUCUGUUUGA